AUGGAGGAAAGUCACAUAAUCAGCGAGGAUCUGCCGCUUCCACGCUCCCGGCUGUUUGAACGUCUAGGCAACCUGCCCGGCUAUACGUGGGACCAGUCAGUCGAGCCGUUCCAUUCGACAUACAAUCAUUGGCAUAUCUGCGGAUUUCGCCAUGCGAUCGAAUCCGACCUCUCAACCCCCGUCGCGACCUCUUCGGGCCCAGCCUCUUCAGGUCCAUCGAGUCUCACUCGUUACUCCCCGCGUGCGGACAUUCGUCCGGCCACCCGCCCAUUGAUACGACGAGCCAGUAUUAGCGAAACAAGUAGUGAGAUUUCUUUCUCACGAGGCGAACAGGAGCAGAUAUGGAUCCCGGUUGUCGCUCGCGUCUCCACCAAUGUGAUUAGAUUGGAACGUGAAUUUCAUAUGUUAAGAUCCGUCGUGCAAUCUUCCGACCCGGACUGCAACCAUACAAUCCGACCUAUCGACUUGAUUCGACUUCUCCCCGACCCUGGUGACGAGAGAACCCUUUUGGUAGCGAUCUUUGAGUCUCCGGGCCACGACCGAUUACGCGACUUGGUUACAUUUGGCCCUGCUUCGUUCGUCGCCGGAGCAAAGGGAGACAAUAACGCUACGCCCAAUGAACAGAUACCAUUGCCGGCCUUUUUUGACUUUGCGAUCGGCGCAUGCGACUGCUUGGAAAUUUUACAUUAUGGAGUGAAAACCGUACAUGGGGAGAUUCGCGGCGAUGCAUUCCAUUUUUGUGGCGAGACUGGAGCUGUCAAGCUUGUAAACAUCGGGAAUGGUGCUCGGUCAUUCGACAACGUUCUCAGUGAAGGAUGGUCUUCUGUGUCUCGUGAGCUUGGGGCAAAGUACAAGUUGCAAUUCAUUGCUCCAGAGCAGACGGGUAGGAUGCCUACCGAGCCAGACAGUCGCACCGAUAUCUAUGCUCUGGGUCUCUUCUUCUGGUCAAUGUUGGUAGGAAAAUUACCCUUCGAAGGCACUGAUCCUGUCGAGGUUGUUCAAAAUGUACUAGGAAGGAAAUUGACCCCCAUAUCUGCGAAGAGAAUGGAUGUGCCAGAUGCUCUUUCAGCAGUGAUCCAAAAAAUGACACAGAAAGCGGUUCACGAGCGCUACCACACAAUUUCCUCGGUGAAGCGGGACCUAUCGCAAAUUGCAAAUCUACUGGGCGAUGGAGACAGUGAAGCCUUGAACAACUUUCGAAUUGCGCAGCAAGACGUGUCAUCCUUUUUUACCCUUCCGUCCCGCAUGUUUGGUCGACAAGAUGUGUAUGAUACCAUAAUCAACGUCGUGGAAAAGGUGAACAGACGACAGGCAGCUGCCUUCGCAAAAUCAUUCACUCAGAGCCCAGGAACAGCGCAUGCCCUCGCUUCAAAUUCAUCUUUCUCCGAGGGGCGUGUGGACAGUUUCGAACUUGCAUCCAUGUCUAGCGAUUCGGGAUCAUUCCACCUACCUCCCAGGACACGCUCUGAUGCCACUAAUUACCAUCUCUCCCACGUCAGUACCCACGACUCUGUCACAAGCAGCGAUGUGACAUUUCAAACUCCGAAGCAAGCACAGACACCAACCAGUCAAGAAAUUCCUCCUUCGGCACAUAAUUCCAUAUCCGACAAAGUGAAAAGUCCCUCACAUUCUCGUUCUUCAUAUAAUACAGACCGGGAGAGCCACCCCUCUAUCGGUACUAAUACCAACAGCCAACCGUCGAUUCAUAAUUUCAGUCAGUCUGAUCCAUUGAACUCUAUCGCCAAGCAAAAGGCCGGCGGAAAAUUCCGCCGUAGCGGACGGUGCGAGGUCAUCACAAUUAGCGGUGUUGCAGGACUAGGCAAGACGGAUCUUCUGAACCGGGUUCAACCAAUUAUUCGUAAAAUGGGCUAUAUAGCCAUUACUCGUUUGGAUCGAGCGAAGCGAGUGCCGUUUGAACCAUUUGCAAAAGUUUUAGCCAGCCUUCUGCGUCAGAUCUUCUCUGAGCGCGAUGUUAUGACCGACUAUCAUGACAGCAUCCGACGGGCUUUACGCCCACUAUGGCCUACCUUGCAUAAAGUGCUAGACCUGCCUGAGCAGCUGAUGGCUCCUGGUUCGAAAUACAAACCGCAGUCAUCCAAUAUCACCGUUACUCAACAAGUCGUUAAGCCAGAUGUUUUCAAGGGUGAGCUCCCCAAAACAAUGAAAAUCCCAUGGUUGGAUCAAGGUCAAACUUCGGCAGAUUUUUUCUUAUCAAAUGCAGCCUCCAAUAAUCUGCGUUUGAUGGAAAUUUUCCUGGAGAUUUUGAAGACCUUGUGUCAGUUCCGACUGAUCACCAUUUGUCUUGAUGACCUUGAAUACGCGGACGACGAAACUUUGGAGCUGGUUUUGAACAUCAUUAGAGCAAAGUUACCAUGCGUCCUCAUUCUUACCAGUCGUAAGGAUGAGAUCAUGUCUGAUAGUGUCAGGUCAUUGUUUGAGGCGGACAAUUCCAACGUCACAAGAAUUGAUCUUCAACCGUUGGGUGAAGACGACAUCAUGGAGUUCGUGGCUGCGACAAUGCACCAGGCGCCCAAUCCCACAUUGACACCGCUCUCCGCUGUGAUCCAAGAAAAGAGCCAGGGUAAUCCGUUCUAUGUGCGGGUGAUGCUGGAAACCUGCUACCGGAAAAAUUGCAUCUGGUACUCGUGGAAAGACUCGAGGUGGCUGUUUGACCUUGAUCGAAUUUUCACCGAAUUCGUGGCUCCUGUGUAUGGGGAAGGGUUGGGUCUGGGCUUUCUCACCAAGCGUCUCCAAGAAAUUCCGCCUGCAGCCAGGUCGAUCAUGGUUUGGGGUGCGCUUCUAGGGAGUCCAUUCUCAUUCUCGUUGGUUCAAAAGAUUUUGACUAGCGAGUUUCUUCUCUCUAACGAUGAUGGAGAUUUGGAUCUUCCGUCCCCACAAAAUGUAACACUGGUACGGCAAACAGAGGGAGACAUUGUUGUUGGGCUACAGUACUUGGUCCAGGCCAACCUCCUGAAUACAGGGAAAACUGAUGAUGAGUUCAAAUUUGGCAAUGACCGGUUGGCGCAAGCUGCUCUUACUCUGAACGAGAGCCAAAAUGUCGAGAAAAUGCAUUUCAUCGUCUCCCAAGCUUUGAUGAAAUAUUAUCAUGAUCAUCGUAGUCGUUAUUCGAUGGCAAACCAUGUCGCUCAUUCGUCCCGUACCAUCAAGUCUCGUGUUACCCGACGGAUUGACUACAGAAGAAUACUGUGGGAAGCUGGACAAACUGCUGCUCAGUCUGGAGCACGACCAACAGCACUCUGGUACUUUCGCCACUGUAUCGCGCUCCUUCAGGAUGACCCAUGGGACGAUCACCAAGUUGAUGUUUAUUAUGACGAGACAAUGCGUCUAUUCAUUGCAACAGCUGAAAUGUCAUGGUCCCAGGGCCAAAAUGAGGAGGCGCUUACAUUGAUAGACGCAGUUUUUGUCCACGGAAAAGAUGCAGUGAGCAAGUCAAGGGCCUGGAUCAUCAAAGCGAAGAUCUUCGCUCAGCUAGGAAACCACCAUCGAUCGAUGGAAUCCCUGCUCACGUGCCUUGAUGAACUGGGUGUUCACCUUCGCUCACCCACAACAUAUGAGGACUGUGAUGCUUCCUAUAUGAAAUUGAAGCACUUUCUUGAGCAGGCUGAUCUGGAAGCUGUCACCCAAAAGCCAAUCAGCAAGGACCCGAACCUGGUCACCAUUGGGGCCGUUAUGGCAGAGGCGAUGGCAGUUACAUAUUGGGAUGAUGCGUUAACAUUCUAUCGCAUGGCGAUUGAGAUGAUGCACAUCCACAUUUUCAGGGGCGGAUUUACGCAAAUCUCAAUCGGUUGCUCCCAUCUUGCCAUGAUCGCCCUCAGUCGCUUUAAAGACCUGGAGUUUGGUAUUAGACUCAGCGAUCUUUGCCUUUCCCUCCUUGAGCGCUGCCCUGAGCUAUGGACCCAAAGCCGUGGUUCUAUCGUGCACAACCUCUAUGUCAGCCACUUGCGCAUUCCGAUGGCCUCAACAUUGCCGGCCUUGGACGCCUCUCUGGAGGCAUCGUUUACUAUGGGCGACCCGUACAUUACCUUGAUCAGCAUAUCCUCAAUGGCCAUGACACGGCUGUAUCUUGGCCAAGACAUGGAUCAAUUGGAAACAUUCUGUCUGGACACGCCUGAAGAAAUCCCGCAUUGGAACCAGGACACUCGCGGUGGAGCCAGCGUACUUGCGGUCCGACAAGUUGCACGGGCUCUCCAGGGCAAGACCGAAUUCCGCGAUGCUGAUAAUGUCAUGUCAGAUGACCAGCAUCGGACAGCUGCAUAUAUGGCCUACCUGGAUGCAAAUGCGAGCAAUGUGGACAGGCCCCGUGACAUCUAUUAUGGCUUGUCCAUGAUUCCUUUGUUCUUGUUUGGUCACCACACGAAAGCGAUCCAGGUCGGUACGAAAUUACUAGAGACGACACACAGACUGUGGUCCGUGCGCGUGUCCUACCUAGUGUACUUCUACCUAUCUGUCUCACUCCUCACACUUCACAAUGAUUAUCCUGCUCAGGGAUACCUGGAUGGCAAGAUGGACACCAUCCUCCAGUACAAAGCCGAGAUCGACUUCGCUCGAACCUGUUCGGAUGCAAAUUAUGGUAUGUGGUCGCUACUGCUAGAGGCACUCAUAUCCGAGGUUCGGAACGACCAUAGUGCGGCGAUCCAGGCGUAUGAGGCUGCUAUUGAUCAUUGCCAAGUUCACGGUUGGCCCUUGGAGGAGGCACUUGCACUUGAACUUCAGGGAGAGUUUUUGGUUCGACGUGGAGCGAAGAGGGCUGCUCGCGCUGUGAUGCAAGAUGCUAUUGCUGCAUGGAGCUCCAUAAGUGCUGGAGGCAAGGCCGCAAUGGUCGCAGAGAAGCAUGAGUGGUUGCUUAAGACAGCAACUUCGGCCAAGACCGUUGAUGUUGGUUGCCAGACCGUCGACUCUUUGCUCGAAAUUUCUCGUGACGUUGUCGAGGAAGAAAUUGGUAUCCCCUCGCAGAUCGAGGAAGAAGAGAGAAGACAUCGUUGGAUUGAACAGAAUGGUGUCACCGCGGGUGAGAGAUCACUAGAUAUCUCUAGCGUUGGACUUGACAUUAUCGAUCUGUCUAGCAUACUCGAGUCAAGCCAAGUCAUGUCAUCUGAACUUCAAAUUGACAAGCUCUUCACAAAGAUGCUCGAGAUUAUCAUCGAAUCAUGCAAUGGCUCUGAUUUUGCAGUCAUUGCUACAGACUUUGACGAGCAAGGCUUUGCAAUUGCCGCAGCCGCAGAUGCCGAAAAGGGCCAAAAGUCUUUCACGGAUGGCCUGUCUUUCUCAGAAAUGGAAGGUCGAAUGGCUAACGAGAUUACCCAUUAUGUCAUGCGUACGAAAGAAGAAGUUCUCGUCCACAAUGUCCUUGAAGACGAGCGAUUUUCCAACGUCAGCGAAGCGUACCAUGCAAAUUUCCCACUUGGCCGGUCUGUAAUUGCGCUGCCCAUUGUUCAAGCGGACCAUCUUCUUGGAGUGAUUCAUCUUGAAGGUAAACCAAAUUGGUUCACCCAACGAAAUGUUGUCGUGUUGCAUCUGCUCUGUAACCAGAUUGGAAUCUCACUGUCUAAUGCCCUCCUGUUCCGUGAGAUUCGCAAAGUCAGUGCAAAGAAUGCAUCGAUGAUCGAAUCGCAGAAGCGUGCGCUCGCUCAAGCACGCGAGUCAGAACAGAAGGCUAAAGUAGCUGAAGCAGAGGCGAAACACAACGUUAAACUCAAGGAUGAUGCUGCUCGAGCUAAAUCUAUUUUCCUCGCAAACAUUUCCCACGAUCUUCGCACUCCGAUGAAUGGUGUUAUUGGUCUUUCGGAGCUCCUGAAGGGUACAUCACUGGAUAGAGAGCAGGAUGAAUAUGUUGAAUCCAUUCGCGUCUGUGCCGAUACCCUACUGACUCUCAUCAACGACAUCUUGGACUUCUCAAAGCUCGAAGCUGGCAAGAUGAAGAUCUCGACUGUGCCACUCAAUCUCAAGGAAACAAUUUCGGAGGUUAUUCGUGCGCUUCGGUACACCCAUCGCGAGCGUGGCCUGGAUACAAUCGAGGAUCUUGAGCGUGUACCACCAGAGCUUGUUGUACUUGGUGAUCCUGUUCGGUUGCAUCAAAUCUUCAUGAACUUGCUGAGCAACAGCUACAAAUUCACACCGAAAGGCUCCAUUACCGUCAAGGCUCGGGUUGCCCGUGAAGGCAAAGGCCGGGUGCGCUUGGAAUGUUCAGUCUCCGACACCGGAAUCGGUAUUCCCGAAGAGCAGAAAGCCCGUCUUUUCCGGCCUUUCUCUCAAGCUGACCCCUCAACUGAAAGAUCUUAUGGCGGCAGCGGGCUUGGUCUGAGCAUCUGUAAGGCGAUUAUUGAGGACGUUCUUGGUGGUGCAAUCUGGCUCGAGUCAACGUCAGGAGUCGGAACCACUGUGACCUUCCACUUGGUUUUCAAUAAAGCGCCCAAGAAAACAGCAGUCAAGGCUCCGUGGUCACAGGAUCUGAGCCAAGCAGAAAGCAAAGAAAGUCCACGAACGAAAGCCCGAGACCUCACCCAAAUCCCAAGAGAUCAGAUCCGAGUUUGCAUUGCUGAAGACAAUCCUAUUAAUCAAAAGAUUGCUGUCAAGUUCGUGACAGGGCUUGGUCUCCAAUGUGAAGCAUACAGCGACGGAAAGCAAGCAGUGGACGCUCUGCGCGCUAGAUCCAAAGAAGGCAACCCUUUCCAUGUGGUUUUGAUGGAUGUCAUGAUGCCCACUCUCGAUGGAUACAACGCGACCCGCGAGCUGCGCCGAGACCCCGAUCCCAAUGUCAAUGAGGUUCUGGUCAUUGCUAUGACGGCCAGUGCCAUCGAAGGCGACCGGGAGAAAUGCCUUGAAGCUGGCAUGAACAACUAUUUGCCAAAGCCCGUGCGAUCACCUAUUCUCAGCGAGCUGUUGGACAAGUAUCUUGCCCCCGUGCCCUCGUACCCACGCACCCGUCUCGCAAUUCGCGAAAAAAGCUCGAGAAGCAGCAUUGGUCCCGACGCUGGCACCCCCACCAGUUUCUCUUCAUCAGCAUCCGAUGAAAAGCCUCUUCCCCCACCACCAACAUCAGAGGAAAAAUGA